UGGGUGCGAGAGGGCGGGGCUUUGCGGCUCCCGAGGAGCCGUGCCCUGCGCUCCCUGGAAGGGGCGGGGCCUGAGCGUCCUCGGUUGGACUGGGAGCUGAAAACAGCUGCGACGUGACCGUGGCUGCCGGCCGGCGACUGGCGAGUUCCCUGUAUGUGCAUUUUCCCAUGCAAAAAAGAAGCUAUGAGAAAAUUAUCAAAAAUACAAACUGAGAGUAUAGAAAUAAAGCUACUGAACCCAUGCAUCUAUUUUUGCCUCUUCCUGAAACUCUACCAAUAACAAGAUUUUUUUUUUGUACCAGGGAUCGAACUCUGGUCCUUGCACUUGCGCAGCAGGCAACGAAACCACUGAGCUAAAUCAAAUAUCAGGAUUUUUUGAAGGUAUAAACAGUUGUGAUGACACUGUCAGAGACCACCAUAAGAAAGGACAAAUACACUUUUGGCCUCUCCGCCUGUUACUCAUUAAAAACAUGAUUUGUGUUCUCUUCUGAGGCAGAACAGCUUUUGCUAAAACUCAUGACUUUUCCUUGGGCUUACAGAUGCCUAACAGGUAACUAAAAGCUAAACAAAACUUGACCACUACGAAUCCCUUAUUACCUGAAAGCUGAAGAUACAAGUAUGUUGAUCAUUUAAGAAAAGUUGGCAAAACAAGUUUUCUUAGCCCUGAAUUUAGCCAGCCUACCUCAUCCUCCUUCAAGAUUGAUGACAUCAAGAUAAGAAUAACUAAAGUCAUUUUUCAGGAUUUAUAGGGACAUUCGACAUUGGAGUUGUCUGCCUGUGAGACAGUGAUAUCUACCAAACUAUGAAUGAUACAAGAACUUCACUUGAUAUUAAAGAGUACCCUGAUAGUGAGGUACAGAAAAACCGAAUAAUAACCCAGGAAGAAUGGCAAGACAAUUGGGUGAAUCACAAAAUCGGAUUUCAUCAAGCAGAAGGGCAUCAGCUGUUAAAGAAGCAUUUGGAUAAUUUUCUUAAAGGCGAGAGUGGACUGAGAGUGUUUUUUCCUCUUUGUGGAAAAGCAGUGGAGAUGAAAUGGUUUGCUGAUCUAGGACACAGUGUAAUUGGUGUAGAAAUCAGUGAACUUGGGAUACGAGAAUUUUUUAUGGAGCAGAAUCUUUCUUACUCAGAAGAACCAAUCACUGAACUUCCUGGUGCAAAAGUAUUUAAGAGUUCUUCAGGGAAUAUUUCACUGUACUGCUGCAGCAUUUUCGAUCUUCCCAGAGCAAAUAUCGGUAAAUUUGACAGGAUUUGGGAUAGAGGAGCGUUAGUCGCUGUUAAUCCAAGUGACCGUGGACGCUCUGUUCUUGCUCCCAGCCGUUCUUACCAUACGUGCUGUGUCUGCAUCUCCCAUGUGUCACCAGUGUCCUUUAUCAGCCCCCAGACCUCUUCAUCUCCGUAAACACCGCAUUUCUAAACACACUUGGGGACGGAACCAGAGCCUCACGCGUGCUAAGCAGGUGUCUUCCUGAGCCGCUCCCCAGCCCAGGGAAGCGCCGUGUUUGUAUACAGAACUGUUUCGCUCCAUGUCUACAGCUGUAGGUCUUCCUCUCUUGUGGAGAAUGUGUCUGCUCUCUGAGGCUGGUCCUUCUGAGGACCUUGGUUUACCUGAUAAAAUCCCCAAGGCAGCAUGGACCAGACUGGACGCCAUCAAGGGCAGACCAAGGGUGACCGUUACACCACGUGCCACUGUGUCCCCAGUAUUUAGCGUGGCCCGUGUUUAGCAGAGGAAGAGCUUAGUAAAUAUUUUUUGAAUAAGUGAGAACAAACCCUACACAGAGCGUGGGAAAUACACUGUUUCCUGCCAGGCACCCCCACCGUUAUCUGUCCUUCGAUCUAAAGUCCAUCCGAGUGGACUUUGAGUGCUUCAAGCCUGGUCAGCAAGGAGCCAGAGGCCCCACCUGGCGAUCUAAUUGGGAAACCAGCUCUGCGUGGUCAGAGUCUGUGACCCCUGAGUGCACCCAGCCAGGUAUGUGUGUGUGUGGUCAUAGGUGUGAGUAUUCCUGGGAUCAUGCUGGUCUUUGUUACCUGAAUAAUUACUGACUUUGAACCAGUAGAAAGAAAAAAUUACUUUAUCUUUGCGCUGACACUUGGUAGGUUCCUGGUUUGUCUCAGUGCUGUCAUCGGUACUGCCUCAGUAUCCAGCAUCUUGGGCUAGUGUUGUCCACUGUCAGGGGCUGAUGUAUUCUCAGCUGUGACUCACGUCUCUCUCCUAAAGGAAAUCAGUGGUACACACCUUUCUCACUCUUCUGAAUUGUGUGUGUGUGUAUGUGUGGAAAUUGAGCCCAGGGAUCCCUAAGCUACAUCCCCAGCCCUUUUUGCCUCGAGGCUGGGCCCAGGCUGACCUCAAACUUGCUAUCCUCCAGCUUCACCCUCCUUGCGAAGCUGGGAUUACAGGUGAGCACCACCGCACUUGGCAGUUUUUCUGAAUUUCUGAUGGAUUGCAAGGCCCCAUUUCGAGAGGAAUGAAGCAUUUCAACUGGGGAAACACGACCAAGGCAAUCUGACUGUUCCCUUCCUCAGAGACAAGUUUCUUCCUUCCUCCUCUUAAGAGCAAGAAGCAGAAAGUUAAAAUAUGAAGGAUUCAUCUUGCAAGUUUGCAUUGGUCUGGCUCUUUUGCUUCCCAGGAAAAGAGAUCCACUUGAAUUCACUCUGAAUUCGAGGAGUUUAUGUAGAAGAUGCGAAAGGGGAUAACAACAGCGAAACCCUGAGUGCUUGCCCUGAACCAAGCAGUGUUCUAAGCGCUUUGUGUGUCAAGUCACUGAAUGCUCACAGCAGCCUGUGAGCUGGUGACUGGCCUCACCCACCUCACGGUCCUGGGCUGGCAGGGCCUGUUAGGGUCAAGUCCCUCCCGUGAACCACGACAUGGCCGGGAAGUAGUGUCCCCUGCUGCCUGAGACUGCCAUGAAGAAUUACUCCAACAAGUCACGGUUUAUGCCAUGCCUGGAGAACUUUAAUCUCAGACCACCUUGAACUUUGACCCGCAUGGUAGUCUUGUCUGUCCAGCUAACUGGAGGAGAGAGUUGUGCUCCAUACCUUAUGCCUUGGACCCCGGAGAGCUUCCAGCACUGUGAGACUAAGACAUUCCAGGCCCCAGCAGACCUACCGAGCCAGUGUGGAGGUUGGAGCUCAAGCCUCUUCCUCCAGCGAGUGCCUGGUGAUUCUUGUACCCAGCCAUGCCUCGGAGCCACUGCCCCCAAGCACACAGAUGCACGGUGGUGCCCCAGGAAGUACAAGUCUGAGGUCGGCGGCCCCUGACUACCGCAGCCAGCUGGAAAGAGCCUGUCUUCCUGUGAUGUCUUCAAGUCCUACGAGCCCCAAGAACAGGCUUCCACUUGGCUCCCCCUUUACCAAAUUGCCAGCCUUGGCUUUUAAAACAGGAGUCAACUUCAUGCGAUUGUUAGCAUUAAACUCAGUACAGUAGUGCUUCAGUUCACAAACUUAAUUUGGUCCACAAUUCUGGGAAAGAGGCUGCAUUUGUGUUCACGCGGGAAAGAUGGCCGCAGUCGUGUUCCUCUCCUGCUACGGAGUUUGCAAACGAAAACAAAAUUUUCCCAAAUGCUUCUGCUUGUGAACCACAGUGUUCACAAACAAAAGGGUUCGUGAACCAAGAUACCACUUUAGUGCUGAAGAAAGGAAAUGCUGGCUCCCUUGCCUUCUCAGCCCCUCCAGCCUCUGCCUAUACAGAGAAAUGUAAUAUAUACCUUUCUGUGUUCU